AUGGCAGAAGAGAAUCAACAUAUAAAAUUGACAACUUCGGACAAUGAUGAAAAGAAGAUCAUUCGUAGGGAAGUUGAAAAACAAAGGAGGACCCAAAUGGCUAUUCUAUGUGCAUCACUCCGCUCUUCGCUCCCCUUUGAACUCAUCAAGGGAAAGCGUUCGGCAUCAGAUCACAUUGGCGAGGCGGUAAAUUAUAUCCAUUUUUUAAAGCAAAAGAUUGAUGCACUCGAAAUCAAGAGAGAUAGGCUCAAACAGAUGAUUAAUCCAUCAAGUUUAGUUGAAACUGGAACUGGAACUGAACCUCAUGGUUCAGGUGCUUUAGUGAAGUGUGUCAAUAUCAGCCACAUUCCAUGGGGCGUGGAAAUUGCCAUAUGUAUUGGUUUGGAGGAGGGCAGUUCACGUUUAUCAGUGUUAAUGGAAAUUCUGCUUCAAGAAGGAUGUGAUGUUGUUAGCUGUUUUUCGACCCAUACUAAUGGAAGGAUAUUUCAUACUAUAAAGACAGAGGUGGAGAACUUGACAAGCCUUGAUUUUGCUGCCUUGCAACACAAACUGGAUCAUGCUAUCUUGUUAUAA